UGCGAGCGAGCGUGUUAUGUGUCGGAUAGAAAAUGAGUUUGAGUUUCCAGCUGAGUGCUUGCUCUCGCUCAGUGUGUGUGGCGUUAUUAUAAUCCCGCUCCGUUCCCCAGCGCACAGAAUGGCCAGAUUCACCCAGACUGAGGCGAGACGGCAGCAGCAGCCCCAGCAGCCCAGCCUGGUUUUCACUGGACCGGGGGCAGUGCCGAACCAGCCUCCACUACUCCUCAUCCAGCACCAGCACCCGUACGCCCAGAUCACGUUCCCGAAACCCAUGAACGGGUCAGAACCGAUCUCCAUACAUCCGACGGACGGCGGCAACAUGAAAGACCAAGAUGCCAUAAAACUGUUCAUCGGGCAGAUACCGCGGAAUCUCGAGGAAAAGGACCUGAAACCGCUCUUUGAACAGUUUGGUAAAAUCCACGAAUUGACAGUUCUGAAGGACCGCUACACUGGGAUGCACAAAGGGUGUGCGUUCCUCACCUACUGCGCCCGAGAGUCUGCCAUCAAAGCACAGAGCGCGCUGCAUGAACAGAAGACCCUGCCAGGGAUGACACGGCCGAUCCAGGUGAAACCUGCGGACAGCGAGAGUCGUGGAGGUAGUUUUCUUUUUUCUCCGUGCUUCACCCUCCCUCUCUCUCUCCCUCCCUCUCUCUCUCUCUCCCUCUCCCUCUCCCUACCUCUCUCAACCUCCCCCCUCCCUCUAUCACCUGCUCCCCUUCACGAUCUCUCUCCCUCCUUCCCUCUCUUUCUCCCACUCCCGCCCUCUCCCUCGUUCUCUCUCUUCCCGAUACCGUUCCUGUCUGACGGAUGCUGGAGGUAUUGACCCUUGAACUGACUCUCCCAGAAAAAUCAUUUCUUUGCUUCUUUUUUUAUGACC